AUGUACCGACGAGAUUUACAAGGAUCUGAAAAGGUGCUUGGACCCGAGCAUCCAGAUACACUUAUCAGUGUCAACAGCCUUAAAGGAUCAGAGAAGGUACUAGGGCCCGAGCAUCCAGAAACACUCACCAGUGUUAACAACCUUGGUUUAGUCCUUUCUCGCCAGGGCAAGUAUGAAGAGGCGGAGGCCAUGUACCGACGAGCCUUGGAGGUAUAUGAGAAGGUACUGGGACCCGAGCAUCUAGACACACUCACUAGUGGCAAGUAUAAAGAGGCGGAGGCUAUAUACCGAUGGGCCUUACGAGACCGAGAGAAGAUACUAGGACCCAAGCAUCCAUCUAUACUUACCAGUGUUAACAACCUUGACCGAGAGAAGGUGCUAGGACCUGAUUAUCCAGACAUACUUAUUAGUGUCAAUAACCUUGGUAAUGUCCUUGACCGCCAGGACCGAGAGAAGAUACUAGGACCCGAGCAUCCAGAUACACUCACCAGUAUUAACAACCUUAGUUCAGCUGAAAACAUGUACCGACAAGAUUUACAAAGAUCCGAGAAGGUGCUGGGACCCGAGUAUCCAGACACACUUAUUAGUGUUAAUAACCUUGAGGCGGAGGCUAUGCACCGACGGGCCUUACAAGACCGAGAGAAGAUGCUAGGACCUGAGCAUCCAGACACACUCACUAGUGUUAACAACCUUGGUUUAGCUGAAAACAUGUACCGACGAGAUUUACAAGGAUCCGAGAAGGUGCUGGGACCCGAGCAUCCAGACACACUCACCAGUGUCAAUAGCCUUAGUAAUAUCCUUUCUAGGCAGGGCAAUGUCAAUAAUCUUGGUGAUGCCCUUUCCGGCCAGGGCAAGUACGAAGAGGCGGAGGCUAUAAUUCGACAAGCCUUAGAUGGAUAUCAGAAGGUGCUGGGACCCGAGCAUCCAGACACACUUACCAGUAUCAACAACCUUAGUAAUGCCCUUUCUAGGCAGGGCAAAUAUAAAGAGGCGGAGGCCAUGCACCGACGGGCCUUACGAGACCGAGAGAAGGUACUAGGACCCGAGCAUCCAUCCACACUCACCAGUGUUAAUAACCUUAGUUUAGUCCUUUUUAGCCAGGGCAAGUACAAAGAGGCUGAAAACAUAUACCGACGAGAUUUACAAGGAUCCGAGAAGGUGCUUGGACCCGAGUAUCCAGAUACACUUAUUAGUGUCAACAGCCUUGGUAAUGUCCUUUCUAGGCAGGGCAAAUAUAGAGAGGCGGAGGCUAUGCACCGACGGGCCUUAGAUAAAUAUCAGAAGGUGCUGGGACCCGAGCAUCCAGACACACUUACCAGUGUUAACAACCUUGGUUCAGUCCUUUCUCGCCAGGGCAAGUAUGAAGAGGCGGAGGCCAUGCACCGACGAGCCUUGGAGGUAUAUAAGAAGGUGCUAGGACCCGAGCAUCCAGACACACUCAUUAGUGUCAACAAUCUUGGUAAUGCGGAGGCUAUACACCGACGGGCCUUACGAGACCGAGAGAAGAUGCUAGGACCCGAGCAUCUAUCUACACUCACCAGUGUUAACAACCUUGGUAAUGUCCUUUCUAGGCAGGGCAAGUAUGAAGAGGCCGAGGCCAUGUACCGACGGGCCUUACGAGACCGAGAGAAGGUGCUAGGACCCGAUCAUCUAUCUACACUCACCAGUGUCAACAACCUUGGUUCAGUCCUUUCUAGCCAGGGCAAGUAUGAAGAGGCGGAGGCCAUACACCGACGAGCAUUACGAGACCGAGAGAAGAUGCUAGGACCGGAGCAUCCAGACAUACUCACCAGUGUCAGUAACCUUGGUUUAGUCUUUAACAGCCAGGGCAAGUAUGAAGAGGCGGAGGCCAUGCACCGACGAGCAUUACGAGACCGAGAGAAGAUGCUAGGGCCCGAGCAUCCAGACACACUCACCAGUGUCAGCAAUCUUGGUAAGGUCCUUGACCGCCAGGGCAAGUAUGAAGAGGCGGAGGCUAUGCGCCGACGAGCCUUAGAAGGUGCAGGUAACGGCUCUCUCUAG